AUUUUUAUUUCAUUAAAGUGCUGUGCUGAUGUCAGCACAAAUGACCUGUACCAAUUAAAUUCCAGAAUCCGAGGAGCGAGGGUGCGCUGGAAACAGAGGAUACGCACUCAAACGUGAGGCAGUUGGAGUUCCACAGGAUUCAAAGCGAUCGAAGCCCGCUACUGCCCGCACUCUGCACCAUGUCUGUAGGCGUUCUCGCUCUUCAGGGGUCCUUCAACGAACAUCUCGCAGCGCUUAGAAGGCUUGGCGUGAAAGGCAUGGAGAUAAGGAAAGCUGAACAACUCGAGCACGUUACCGCUCUCAUAAUCCCAGGAGGAGAGAGCACCACAAUGGCCAAGCUUGCUGAAUACCACAAUCUGUUCCCCGCCCUACGCGACUUCGUUAAAACAGGGAAACCUGUGUGGGGGACUUGUGCAGGACUCAUUUUCUUGGCAAACAAAGCUGUUGGGCAAAAAUCGGGAGGACAGGAGCUUGUUGGUGGCCUAGAUUGUACUGUCCAUCGAAACUUCUUUGGGAGUCAGCUUCAAAGCUUUGAAACAGAGCUUUCAGUACCUGUGCUUGCAGCAAUGGAAGGUGGGCCUGCAAGUUUUCGCGGAUUGUUUAUUCGUGCGCCUGCAAUCCUGGAAGCAGGACCCAAUGUCGAAGUUCUAGCUGAUUAUUCUGUUUUGAAGGACAAAGCAACAAGUUACAAAUCUUCUGCCGAAAGUGGGGAGGAGCAAACUGUUUCUGAAGAAAAAGUGAUUGUAGCUGUAAAGCAAGGGAAUUUGCUUGGAACUGCUUUCCAUCCUGAAUUGACUGCAGAUACACGCUGGCACAGUUUCUUCCUGAAAAUGGCAGGUGAGGCUGGAGACCAGAGCUCAAGUUGCAGCUCUAUGGCUGAGGAGGAUCUCGCUGACUGUCAACAGCCAAGGCCUAUUGAUCUCCCAAUAUUUCAAUAGCAGGAAGGCUAUCAAAAGGAUUCAGGUUUCUCUUUUCAUUCCAUAGUUGUAAGUUGUAUUCAUAUCCUCCAGCAGGAAGUCACCUUGGUGGUGGGUUUGUUCCUGAAGUGCAACUUUUAUUGGUAGUUCUGCCAGCAGAAGUUGUACAUAAUUUAGUUUCUUCUUUCUUUUCUGAACUUUCAUUCUUUUAAAGUGUUCUCAACCAAUGCAGUUUUAUUUAUUCCUGCUGUCCCAACUUCAAUCUGGUUAUAUU